AUGGGCCGCAAAGAUGCCCAAGUGGCUGUCUCUAAAUCGUCGGCCUCUGCGCCCGCCGUGACCGCCGGUAACAAUGCUCGAAAAUCGUCGGUGUUGAAGUCAGCCUUUACCCCGUCGCAAUUUCAGCUACAUUUAUUUGCAUCUGUUAUUCAGAGCUUUGACAGUCAUCAACUGCGGAUCCACGACACCAGCACAGGGCGACUCCGGAGUCAGCACGAGACCAAGUCAAAAAUUACGUCGUUGGACUGGGGUUUUUAUGGCUCGGCAUACCGGGAGAGACAGCAGUCGAAGAAGAAGCGCAAGAGAGAACAGACUAGCAACGAUGGCGCAGUGGUGGCGUACGGGACAAAUACUUCACAAAUCUGCAUGUUCUCGCCCACUGAAGGCAGAGUGGUUGGGACGCUCUCUGGGGGACAUGAACGAGGCAUCAAGGCUUUCAAAUUCUCUCCAACAGACUACCUACAAGCCUGGAGCAUAGGUGAAGAUGCAAAGCUGAUACAAUGGGAUUUGUUAAACGAUCAGCCCAUAAGGACGAUAAACCUCCCAGACCCCACCAUCAGUCUCCUGGCUUCACCAUGCCAGGUCGCUCCUGAAAUCCUCUGUGCCUCUUCUACACCAUUUGCAAUCGACAUUACAUCAUCCGACGAUUUUCGGAUAGAUCGCUUCGACUCCUUCAAGAACACCGUCCACUCACUCUGCCGGUCGGACGACUCUCAAAUCUUCCUCGCUGCAGACUCUGACAGAUAUAUCAAUAUCUACUCCAUCUCCGAGAAGAAACUGUCCCGCACGCUAGUUACAUCCAGCGGAGUCACCGCAGUCGCUCUGUCAUCUCCGCCAAAGGACGCACCCGACUAUCUUCGACGACAACAAAUGCUCUGCGCAAUUACCCAUGAUGGUGCCGUAGAACUAUUCCCCCACCCGUUCGCCGAGUCCAAGACGAUCAACGGGGACUUGAAAUCCAGUCGGAAGAACCUCACGCGAAAGGCCUCGGCGUCCGUCCGCUUAGUUAGUCCCGACUCGAAGACAAAGUCCGUCCCAAUUGUCGCAGCAUUCUUGCAAGGCCCUGACCUUGUCAUCGUCUCCGCGGAUGGCGGCGUCGACCUGGCCUUCCAGAAGGUGAGAUGGCAAGAUGAGGGAAAUGGAGAGUUGCUAUUUGAUGGGGUGAAAGACGUGGUUAAAGUGAAAAGUGCGAAUACAUUGAACACCGCCACACUGAAUGGAGUCAAGGAUACGGGCAAGGUGAGGGUCGACGAAUCCAAGACUGUGGUCGUCAGCGGUGGGGCAGGCGGUCCUUCCACAGCGGAUGCGAUAGAGCUCUCAAGCGGCGAGAGCGAGGACGACGUAGACGAGGAUGAUUCCGGCGACGAAGCAUCGGCCAAGGCAGACAACGAGGAGGAAGAUGAAGAGGCAGACGAAGACGAAGAUGCCUCAGAAGCCUCCGACUCUGACGAGGAGAUGCCUGACGCGGAAGAAAAAGAAGCCCAAGAAGAUAAAGAGGAACCCUCUUUCGGCGACCUUCUCGCCGCUCGUCACCCCACUGAGAUCUCCAUCCCGGCCGCUCUUCCUGCCGACACAACGGCUUUAGCCAUCCCGAAACUCCCAGCCAUGGCGCUCCCCGCAGGCAUGUCGCUGUCAACGGUUCUCACCCAAUCCCUCCGGACGAACGACACAUCCCUCCUCGAAGCAGUCCUGCAUACCACGGACGCCUCGAUCGUGAAGUCCACGAUCCAGCGCCUGGACUCUACUCUCGCCGGCCUUCUCUUGUCGAAACUCGCGGAACGCUUGGCGAGCAGGCCCGGUCGGUACGGCCAUCUGAUCGCCUGGGUGCAAUGGACGUGCAUCGCGCACGGCGGGGCGAUUGCCUCCAUGCCGGACGUCAUCAGCAAGGUCAAGACCCUUUAUGCGGUAUUGAACGAACGGAUGAGAACGCUGGACGACCUGUUGGUUCUGAAAGGGAAACUAGAUCUCUUGGACGCGCAGGUCCAGUUCCGCAAGUCUAUUGCCGCGCAGAGGGGGGAAAGGGAAGCAGGCCAGGGCCAGCCCGGCGUGAUCCUCCUCGAAGGGCAAGAUAACUGGGACAGCGACGACGAUCUGGACGAGGAUGGCUUCACCGUCCGCCCGGCCAAGAGGGCGCGAAGAGGAACCAAGCUGGACGAUCUCAUCGGCGCCAGCCAUGAAGAUGAAGACGACGAGGAAGAUGUGGAAGACGACGAAAUCCUCGCUAACGGCGUCGAGUCCUCCGACGAAGGGGAAGAAGAAGAGGACGAGGACGAUGACGAUGAUGAAGAUAACGACGAGGAAGAAUCCGACGAAGAAGGCCUUCCCAAUGGGACCCGCCUCGUCGACGACGAAGCGUCCGUAUCGUCUGCAGGAGAGUCCGAUCCCGACGACGUAGCGCCCUCGCCAGCUGAGGCCGCAUCGUCAUCAGCGUCCUCGGUCUCGGGAUUCGAUGAUGAGAGCGAAGAAGGUGAAGACGGUGAAGAAGACGAGGGCAGUGAUCUCGACAGCUUCAUCAACGACGGGAGUGUGGAUUUCGAAGAAGAAGACGACGACGGGAACGAGAUCAAGGUGGCUGGCGACAACAGUGAAGGUGAAGGUGAAGGUGAAGAUGAAGAUAACGAAGACGUGGAGGAGCCAGAGCCAGAGCCAGAACCAAUGCCUCUUCUGAAGCCCUCGAAAUCAAAACCAAAGAGGGACGCUAUGGAUCUCGAUGUCGGUUUCGAUAUCACCAGCGCGAAGAAGAGCAAGUCGAGGUCGGCGGAGAAGGAUCGACCUUUAAAGAAGAACAGGCAUUAG